AUGAAACCAUCCAAAGUUACAUUGUUAAAUCCUCGAACCAACGAAUAUGAAUUUCUCGGUCCCAUUGGGGCCUCCCUCAUGAUAACUGUUCUUCCUGGGAUACUUUAUCUACUUCAUCUGGGCUGCACUCCAAAAGGAUGCCCUAGUCUCGAAUUAGUGAAAAAUCUUCCAACACCUUCAUAUUUUAUAUCACUCUUUACUCUCGAUAAUUUCUUCCAAUUAUUUGACCUUCACGCAUUCUUGAUAUACAUUGCAUAUUUAUUGUAUCUUGUGGUCAGCUGGUACUUGUUACCAGGUCGUUGGAUCCAAGGAACCACUUUACGCGAUGGCAAUAAGUUACUAUACAAAGAGAAUGGAUUCAAGAGUCUUGUCAUUACUAUUGGAGGCAUGCUUGCGAUAAUUUUGUUCAAAGGAUCAGACUCGGUUUUAUUUAUUUCGGAAAAAUUUAUUGGAUUGAUGACUGCUUCAGUUUUGGUAUCAUAUACUCUGGCUAUUUGUGUCUAUUUAGCGUCUUUUAGAAAAGGAUAUGUGCUAUUGGCGCUUGGUGGAAAUUCUGGAAAUGUUAUUUAUGAUUUUAUGAUAGGACGCGAAUUAAAUCCACGUAUUGGAUGGUUUGAUAUAAAGUAUUUUGUCGAACUACGAGUAGGAAUAUUCGCAUGGGUCAUACUGAAUAUAACAAUGGCUGCGAAACAAUAUGAUGAUCUAGGCGAUUUAACAAUAGGAAUGUUCCUAGUAAUUCUUUUUCAGGGCUGGUAUGCUGUAGAUUCUGCGUACAAUGAGUCAGCAGUCUUAACAACAAUGGACAUCACAACCGACGGAUUCGGAUGGAUGCUCUCGUUCGGAAAUAUUUCUUGGCUUGGAUUUGUGUAUGGCUUACAAACACGAUAUCUCGCUAUGCAUCCCGUGCAUCUAUCAUGGUUGCAAACGGCGCUUAUCGUGUGUAUCCAGUCUGUGGGAUAUACCAUUUUUCGAAGUGCCAAUAAUGAGAAGAACCUGUUUCGAAAUGAUCCUGGGGAUGUGAGAGUUAAACAUUUAAAGUAUAUUACUACAGAUGCAGGCUCGCGUCUUAUUAUUUCUGGAUGGUGGGGAAGAGCUCGGCAUAUUAAUUAUCUAGGUGAUUGGAUCAUGUCAUGGGCAUGGUGCCUGCCAUGCGGAUUCGACAACAUCUUUCCAUAUUUCUACAUUCUCUAUUUCGCCAUACUAUUAAUACAUCGUGAAUUACGUGACGAGGAAAAGUGUCGUCGUAAAUACGGAAAAGACUGGACACGGUAUUGCGAGAUUGUGCGAUGGCGGAUUAUUCCUGGCAUUUACUAA